AUGCAUGCUGCCAUCAAGUACGCAGCCCUGUCGCCCCUGCAGCUCCCGCUCCCCUACCUGCCACCCCCAGUGCCGCCAUUACUGCCGCUGCUGUCGCCGCCGCCUCCGGCGACCGUCGAUGCAGGCUUUCAGAGCAGGAUCAGCCCCAAGAUCCUUCUCAUCGUCUUGAUCUUGGCCGUGAUCUUCUUUGUCUCCGGCCUCCUCCACUUGCUCGUCUGGUUGUUGUUCCGCCCGAAGCCGCGUGACCCUGGCGACGCCGGGAGCAGCGCCGCGAACGCGACCGCCUUCCACGGGCAGCUUCAGCAGCUGUUCCAUCUCCAUGACGCCGGCGUCGACCAGUCUUUCAUCGACGCGCUGCCGGUAUUUCUCUACGGCGCGGUCGUGGGCGCUGGAGGGAAGGACCCCUUCGACUGUGCGGUCUGCCUGUGUGAGUUCGCCGACGACGACCGCCUCCGCCUCCUCCCCAAGUGCAGCCACGCCUUCCACGUCGAAUGCAUCGACACGUGGCUUCUGUCGCACUCUACGUGCCCGCUCUGCCGCUGCAGCCUCCUGGCCGACUUCUCGCCGUGCGGCGGCGGCUGCAGCUCGCUGGUGUUUGUGCUCGAGUCUGGCUCGGAGGGCUCCGUCUCCGGCCGCGUCGACCGGCCGCCCCCUGCUCACCUCAGCCUGGUCAUGGAGCAAGACGAAGGAUGUGAAGGUCAGACGCACUCGGAUGUCAAGGAGAAGGACGAGGUAGUCGUCCCCGUGAAGCUCGGCAAGUUCAGGAGCCAGGCCACGGAAGGAGGCGCGGGGUGCAGCUCCAACCCCGACCAAGAUGUGAGGCGGUGCUACUCCAUGGGGACCUAUGAGUACGUCAUGGACCAGAGCUUCCUGCUCCGUGUAUCCGUGAAGCCGCCGGCGGCCAGGCUCUCGAAGCCCACGAUGGACAAGAAAGAGAGCUUCUCCAUCUCCAAGAUAUGGAUGCGGGGUGGGCUGCGGAGGAAGGACAGCAGCGCGGCCCCGUCAGGCUCGUCGUCGCGCCGCACGUCGUCGUUCCGGCUCCCCUCGGCGCUCCAGCGCGCGGCGAGCGACGUCGGGGCGCCGAAGCGGCGGGCGGAGGUCGUGAGCCCCGUCACCGAGUCCGAGUACAACGUGUCGGCGUGGGACAAGAGCGCGAGCGGCAGCGCCGUGGAUUGGGACGUGGAGUCCGGCACGGCCGCCGGCGGGCUGAGGUCGAGGGCGGACGAGGCGCCUUCGUUCGCGAGGCGGACGCUGCUGUGGAUCAGAGGCCACCCCUGA